AUGUGUCCUGGCAUGGCGUUUGGGAUGGCGAAUGUCGAGCUUCAGCUGGCUAAUUUGUUGUACCAUUUCGACUGGGAGAUGCCUGGAGAAAACGGGGGGAGCUUUGAAGAUCUGGACAUGUCUGAAAAAUUUGGUGUGAAUGUGAAAAGGAAACAUGAUCUAUGUUUAAUCCCUGUUCCUUACUUACCCAGUUACCCUGCCUUUUAA